CGCCAUACGGUGCAAAAUGGGAAAGAAGCUGAGUAAAGAAGAACAAGAACAGAAGGAAGUAAACGAACUGAGAACAAAAGUGAUUAAACUAUUUCAUGGCCAGCAGAUUCUGUUUGUUGGAACGCCGGGUAGUGGAAAGUCGUCUUUCGUUAACACUGUAAACCACGCUCUCAAUCUGGUUGACCCAGAAGUUCCCUAUCAGGAAUUCGCAAGAAUAGGCGGAACUGGCGCAGAUCAUGGUACGAUGACCUACCGCACGUAUACCAUGAAAAGAGGACUCUUUCAGUCGCUCAAAAGUCAAGUACCAAAUCCUUCAAAUGCUCCUAAAUUCUUCGACAUCGCAGGAGUUAGCGAGACGUUGCUACAGAGAGAUCAUUUUGAUUUCAAACAGCUUCUAAUUUAUCUCGUGCAAGGAAAAGUGAAGGAGUUUACUCAAAUGAUAGAGGUGUAUAACAACAAACAGCAAUUGAAAGAAAUAGAGAAACAAGAAGCAAUAAAAAGCAACAAAGUGUGGAUAAUGGUUUGUGUAGUUUCGCUUUACGAUCCAUUUCCUCAACUGUUCCUCGAACAAGUAGCUAGCGCUGCACGGGAGUUGGAGUCUCAAGAUGGAGGAGCGAGUGUGUUUGUGGUUUUAACUAAAGGUGACAGGUUGGACAGGGUAGACCGGUCGACUAGAGUAAAAGAUUUCAGAAAAAGAUGUCAAACAGUUGUAAACAUUAUGGAAAGACGAAUAUUUGAAGUUAACAACUAUCUACCCUCAGAAUUGAAGAUUGACGCAACAAUGACGAAAAACAUAGAAAAAGAAAAAAGUGUCGUGGCUGCUCUCAAUCUCAUGCUUCAGCCUGCCAAUAAUCCGGUCGUAAAUGAAGAGAGUUAGGCCAAAUACAACAGUUACUGUGCCAAAAACUGUGAAGUUUUGCAUUAGUUAGCUGUUAGUCUGGUGGUCAUUAUGAUGUUUGCAUAAUGGG